AUCUCGUUCAUCGUCAUUGGUGCCGGACUUAUAGGUCCACGCCAUGCUGCCCAUAUCGUCUCCCGUCCAGACUGCAAGCUCUUUGCGAUUGUCGAUCACUCGGCUAAAGGGCCCAAAGUUGCCCAGCAGUACAACUCGUUGCUCUUCAAGAACUUGAACGAGAUGUUCGUGUACUGCGACUCGAACUCCGUUCCGUAUCCUCAAGCAGCCAUCAUCGCUACACCCAACCAUACACAUGUCACUCUCGGGAUGGAAUUGGCUUCGAGAGGUAUCCACUUAUUGGUAGAAAAACCUCUCGCACCAAAUGCCCACGACUGUAUGACUCUCAUUCAGUACUGCUACUAUAAGAAUGUCAAAUUGCUAGUGGGCCAUCACAGAAGAUUCAACCCUUACAUCAUCACUACCAAGAACAACUUGGAUAAGUUGGGCAGGUUGGUAGCAAUGCAAGGAACCUGGACCUUAUGUAAACCUCCAUCGUAUUUCCUCGAGAAACCAUGGAGAUCUUCUAUCGAGUUAGGUGGUGGAACCCUUUUGAUCAACCUCAUCCACGACUUGGACUUGUUGCAAUACUUAAUGGGUCCCAUCGAAAAAGUUUAUGCCGAACUCCUCUCGAAGCAAAGACUCGAUCGUUUUGGAAAUGAAGGAGCAGCUCUCACGAUCAAAUUUGCUAGCGGAUGUGUAGGUACCUUCAUCUGUUCCGAUAACGUUACUUCACCCUUUCUGUUUGAAGUUGGAACAGGUGAAAACCCCACUGUUCCUUUUAACGAUUCAAUUUCUGGCUUCUAUCGUAUAUUUGGUAGCCACGGAACCAUAUCGGUUCCGGAUUUAAAGUUAUACCAUCAAUACGAAGAAGGCGGAAACGCUCCAGCUGACGACUCUCCCAUUCACAGAUAUGUCGAGAAACCCAAACCUUUUGACUUGCAACUCGACCACUUUGUGAAUUUGUUGAAGGGAGAUGAAACCGAAGUCAAGUGUUCAGGAGAAGACGCCAUUAGAGCCUUACUUUGUAUCGAAGCCGUUACGAAGUCAAUUGAAACCGGAAUGCCUCAGUAUGUUGAGAGCAUUGAUACUAUUAAGGCAGAUUUUGACCUCUUAAAUCGAUAUUUGGAGUCUACAGUUCAUUAG